GGUUGCUUUAUAUAAAAAGUGGGGCGAAAUUAGGGGAGAGGCGCCCAUGGCGGCGGAGGUACCUCUGGCGGAUCUCGCCGCCGGGAGAUCCUUGGAGAAGGGGAGCGGCUGUCCAAAGGGAGAGUGCGCUGUUGAGGGGAGGAGCACGGGGAACCACAUCUCACUGCUGGAUGUGGACGACCUCAAGCGAAGAUGGCGUGCCAUUACAGCGAAAGCGAGAAAGGAAGGUGUGAUAUUCCGGCGACCAAAAUAUUAUGUAGAAGGCAAGCUGGAGCCGAUGGUUGCAGAUCUGAAGAACAUGGCGUGGGAGAGCCUUGAAGGCGGGUUGGGGAAUCGGAGCAAGGAGGAAGGGAGAUCCCAGGAGAAGGAGGACCAAGAGGAGGCACUAGUGAAGAAGAUCCAGAUCAUCCCUGUGAUUACGGGGCAGACCUGUGCACCGGUAAUGGAGCCCUGCGAGCAGAAGAGGAAACCAGCAAAGGGCUUCAUGCUCCUGGUCACCGUCUCGUGUGCCGACACGGUGAUGCCGAUCGACGCCGAAGUGGCAGCGAGCGUCAUGUCAAUGCCCUUGUCGGUGCCGACUUCCAGCACGCGGUUCUCCGUCGACCUGCUCACGUACAACAACAGGAUGUCCGGCUGCAUCAGGGGGGGGGGGGGGGGGGGGGGAGCUGCAGCGACAUGCGUGACGGGAAGUUCUUCUCGGUGGAGCCGUAGCCUUGCCUUCCCAUGA